UGGCUGGUUAAACUUGUGGCGUUUGGAUUUGUGAAUCUUUUCCUUCUCUUCCUUUCACAGGUUCACCUUCUUCAACAAGAAAAAGCGGAACCAGCUGUCCCUCCAGCAAAAAUAGCAGCCCUAACAGUAGCCCUAGGACUUUAGGGAGGAGCAAAGGGAGGCUCCGGCUACCCCAGAUCGGCAGCAAAAAUAAACUGUCAAGUAGUAAGGAGAACUUGGAUGCCAGCAAAGAGAAUGGGGCUGGACAAGUCUGUGAGCUGGCUGAUGCCUUGAGCCGAGGGCACAUGCUGGGGGGCAGCCAAACUGAGCUGGUCACCCCUCAGGACCACGAAGUAGCUCUGGCCAAUGGAUUUCUGUAUGAGCACGAGGCAUGUGGCAAUGGCUACAGCAAUGGUCAGCUUGAAAACCACAGUGAAGAAGACAGUACCGAUGACCAAAGAGAAGAUGUUCAUGUUAAGCCUAUUUAUAAUCUAUAUGCAAUUUCGUGCCAUUCAGGAAUUCUGGGCAGGGGCCAUUAUGUCACUUAUGCCAAAAACCCAAACAGCAAGUGGUACUGUUAUAAUGACAGCAGCUGUAAGGAACUUCACCCUGAUGAAAUUGACACCGACUCUGCCUACAUUCUUUUCUAUGAGCAGCAGGGGAUAGACUAUGCACAAUUCCUGCCAAAGAUCGAUGGCAAAAAGAUGGCAGACACGAGCAGCAUGGAUGAAGACUUUGAGUCCGAUUACAAAAAGUACUGUGUGUUACAGUAAAGCUGCCACUCUGACUGCUAGACAGGCUGGUGGUGAGGGAGAUGGCUCCCUGUAGCUAACGUUUGGCAGAAGCGUCGCUGAAAGGCAAGCUAAAUGUAGUUAUUUUAUCCCGUGACCCUGAAGCACAAAAUAAAAAUCCUAAUUAAAAUAGCAGUUAGCAUAACAGUAGUAAUACUUUGGUUUGGAAAUGUCUCACACAAGCCCUCUGGUAGAGAACUUUCAGGCAGAGCCCACCAUUAGCCUGUAAACAAAAGGGUUUGGCACCAGCCACCUGGGACCAAAUAGGAGCUAAAUUGUGUUUGUCCAGAUAUAAACAAACAUGUAGUGAGUGUAGAGUUUACCAAUAACCAUAACAAAAUGCUAAGAAUUUCCUUGGAGUCAAAGUCAAACAAAAAAUUGUAGUGUUGUCUGGGGACGACAUGAUAUGCUGCCUCCUUUUUCCUGAAGUUUUAUUCAUUAUAUUGACAAGAUGGACAAAGCAAGAUCAGAAGGCGUACAAAGGAUUCUUCUGGCAUGGACACACAUUUUUCUAUUUAUUUUUUAAACUAUUUCCCCCACUCUUUCUAUGCCUUUCUUGCUUUUCGUUUCUGUUGUUGUGUUUGUGUUUGAGACACAACCAGUCAUUCGUGGCAGAGGCGUAUAGAAGUGGUCAGUUCGAAAGGGAGAAUCUCUUAAGAGCUGUGUGCCUUCUGCCCAGGGCCUUGGUCGGUCGGAGACCCUGUAGGGGGAAAAACAGCAUCCUGGGAAAUCCAGCUGAAGUACCCCUGCCCAUAGAGGCAUCUUACUUGAGGAUACAAGUGUCCUCAGAAAUGGAUCCCCCACCUCUGCUGAAGUGCAGUAGGACAGUUGCCAAUAUUUGCACCAUGGUCGCAUGCCCACGUUGCACAAGAGCUUCUGAGAGGGAAGGUGGCAUCAAAGCUAGAUGGUAUUUUACAGCUAGGGGUUGUUUGUUCUUUGUUUCUUUGUUUUGCACUUUAAAAAGAAUACAUGCAAAUGAACUUUUUAAAACAUGUUCAUAUUUGAUGGCUGUAAGGGCUAUAAAUUAACUUGAAUAUGGGGUAUUUUGCCCCAUCAUAUUAAAUUUAAAAACAAAACACAUCCCAGACACUGAUGGUGUGUAUUUUUAAUUUAAUUGGUGGGUUUAGGAAGUAAGCUUUUAUUUUGUUUGCAUGUCCAUUUUUUAAAUCUUGGUGUUUGUCUUUUUCUUUCUUUUUUAAAUAAUUUCACAGUAGUGGUCAUCAAAAGUUAUGUUUCUUUGCUCACUUCAUUUUUUUCCUCUGAUAAUUCAAAACUGGAACAAAAGUAUAAAUGUUAUUUAUCUCAGGCAGCAUUUUUUUUCCCCCUGUGUUGUUUUUAAAUAUAUGUGAAGUAAAUAUUUUCCUUUUUUUUUUUUUCCAGCCUUUUUUUAGUCAUCUGGACCCUGGAAAUGAUUCUCAUUAAUUGUCAGAUUUCAUUAACCUUCCUUCCUUACAGAUAGUAGGUACCAGUGUAAUUAAGCAUUUGUGUUCUGAUAUCUGAGGCCGGUUAUCCAGUUCUUCUCAGAGCAUUUGGAAAGGUUGUUUUAAAUGGAUACCUAAGUUGAAACCCUAUUCAGGAUAAGACUGUAAUCACAAGUAGGAAGGAAUGGCCUAAAUGGUAAAAUAUGAUAAAGUCAGACAAAAUGCCGGCUUUAUAGUUCCAUGAUUUCAGUAUAUGAAAAUCUGUCCAUUUCUACCUGGACAGGUCCCAUGAAAAAGUGGAAGAUUUAAAAUAAUUUCCUUACAGAUGUUUUAUUUAAGCAGGUAGCACAAUCUACUAAUGUUGUUUGAUCUGUGUUUGUUAUAUUGGUUGUAAUUAAUUUUUUAAUUCAUGACUAGCAGAAAAUUUAUGAAAUUAACUAUUAACUACAUUCACCUUGUAAAUUACUGUAUAAAACUUGUUGACAAUGCACUGACUUUAGAAAGAUGUUAAUGUACAUAAAUAGAGUGUAAAUAAAAUAGUGUUGAUGUACUGAAAUAUGAACUGUAUAAAAAAGUAUUGGUAAUUGUAAAUGGAGUGUACCUGUUUAUCUGUAACUAUUAUCCAAACAAAUUAAAUACUGUGGAUGCAUCUA